AUUCGCAAAGAAUCAGCGAAAAAUUUCCACUAAAAGUGCAGAGCAGGACGUCAACGAUACGGAAAUAUAAUUUCGUAUUCAAUCAGUUAUUUUUAAACCGUAGGGGUCGUGCAGAUCGUUGGAUAUUAAAGUGGGUGACUGUUCCGUGGUACAUUCCAAACCACUGCUCCAUUUUCUCAGGGAGAAACCAGCGAUCACAAAAUGUUCCAGUUCAAUGGCUUCAACAUGAUGUUCCCGGACCAUUCCCGUCCGUUCAACACCACCUACAAGUGCUAUUCGGUUUCGAUGCUGCCCGGUAACGAGCGCCAGGAUGUGGAAAAUGGAGGAAAAAUCAUCAUGCCACCCUCGGCUUUAGACCAGCUGACCCGGCUGAACGUGGAGUACCCGAUGCUGUUCAAAUUGACCAACAACAAAAUCAACCGCAGCACACAUGCCGGCGUGCUGGAGUUUGUGGCGGACGAAGGGAAGAUCUACAUUCCUUACUGGAUGAUGCACAAUCUCUUGCUGGAUGAAGGCGACAUAGUGCAGAUCGAGAGCGUAUCCCUCCCGGUGGCCAAAUAUUCCAAGUUUCAGCCGCAGAGUGUCGAAUUCCUGGACAUCACCAACCCAAAGGCUGUGCUGGAGAAUUGCCUGCGGAAUUUUGCCUGCCUCACGACCGGCGAUCUAAUCGCCAUCAAAUAUAACAACUACACGUACGAGCUGUCCGUGUUGGAGACGAAACCCGGUUCGGCGGUCACCAUUAUCGAGUGCGACAUGAAUGUGGAAUUUGCGCCACCCGUUGGAUACACCGAGCCGGAGAAGAGAGCCAAGGAGGAGGAACCGAUGGCCGUGGAUCCAGCCGAGUUGAUGCCCGAACCUGCCGGAUUCGUUGCGUUCAAGGGCGCUGGAUCGCGACUGGACGGCAAGAAGAAGAAGGAAGGUUCCGUGUCUGAAUCGGCGCCGGUCCACCGGGCCAACUACGUCCGAGGCAUUCCGGAUUACGACCACCCGUUCGGAUUGUUGAGAUUCGACAGAACCGUCCGAAAGGUGGAGUCGAACGAGGACAAAACGGACGAAGAUCCGUUUGAAGCCUUCAAGGGUGCCGGUUUCAGCCUAAAGAAGAGUCGAAAAUGAGUAUUGUCGGGCGCUGCAGCAUGAUGGGACGUGGAAGAUGUUUUCUUACUCUUUUCUGUAAUGUACUGAUCUAUCAUCGCUACUGAUGUGUGGACUCGGAUUAAAAUCGUAAAUUUAGAGUGUGAUACCGGAA